AUGUACGAAGAGGUACCAAAUAUAGUGCAAUUGGCAUUACAUCUUUCAGAAAUGCAUAGUGUCAUCUUUAAUCCUAAUGAUGAUGUCGCACAUGUUCUUGCCUGUGCUAACCGACAAAAAACUACUCUUAUAGCUUUCUUUGAGAUGUGCUCAACUAUUAAUAUAGCCCGCCAACUAUAUUUUGCUAAUCCGUCUGUGAAGGAAAUCUUUUACCUUCAGCUCCUUCUUACUGUUGUUUGUGACCCACAAUCGUUUAAUCACUUAAAAAUGUGUCUAGAAGAAGCUGCAGUCAUAUGUAGUAGCUUUCAACUGAGGUUACUUUUUGCUAUUAUACUUAUACAUUGCACUUCAACUCAACCUCAAGAUUUAUGGUUAUGCUUUCGUGUUAAUCUCUGUGAUGAUCUCUUUUAUCAUCUAAGUAAUAAACAUGUUAUUCGUGAACCUACGGAAAAUCAGAUAUUUGAUUUUGGACUUUUUCUCCUUGACAACAUCCUGCAUAAUUUUAAUCAACAUCUUGGCAUGUUCUUUUUGAUGCCUCUUUGGGAGCAUAACUGGGAUAAUUAUCAGAGAAACCGUUUCAUUUCUGAACAUUUAAAUUGGGAUCAAAAUAAGCUUCGAAAUAUAGUUGACAAUCUUAUUUCUCAGAUGAAUAAUGAGCAGCGUGCAGCAUAUCAAGGCAUUUUCAACUUCGUUGGAAAUGACGUUAAUGAAUCUAAAGUUGCUAUUCUGAAAAACAUGAGAGUUAGUCCUGAUUUAAAAUCUCUUAUCGACGCAGUUUAUUAUAACAUCGGCGUCAAAGGUAUAUGCACUAAUCAAUAUCUUAAGGACCAGAUAAUACUCUUCUCACGCAAUGAUAAUGUUGAUGCUAUUAACCGUACCAUUCUUAACAUUUUUCCUGGAAAUAAACAGACAUAUUUAAGUUCAAAUAAUGUUGUUAUAGAGGAAGGUGCUGAUAAUAUUGAAAAUAUCUAUUCCGUUGAAUAUCUGAAUUCUCUUAAUUCUGUCGGUAUGCCACUGUCGAAACUUGAUCUCAAGAUUGGAUGUCCCACCAUACUUCUUCGUAACCUUUCACCUUAUCAGGGUCUCUGCAAUGGUUCUCGCUUAGUCAUAACAAGGCUUACAGAUCAUGUAGUUGAGGCUUGCAUUUUAUGCAGUGACCAU